AUGGAGAUGAACAAGGGGGAGGCCGAGAAAUGCCUCGAGAUUGGCAAGAAGCACUUGCGUGUGGGCAAUUGGGACAAGGCCAUUAAGUUCUUGGACAAGUCGCUCCGCAUGUACCCAUUGCCCGGCGUCGAGAUGAUGCGCAAUCGAGCCCAGGGAGAGCUGGAAAAAGCCUCGACGGCUCGAGCACAGCCAACGUCACCACGUGGCAGCGCGUCAAGUGCCGGAACGCGGCAUCGAGCAGCUCCGUCCGCGUCUCCAUCCAGGUCUCCAUCGACCGAGUCUUUGCGGCCGUACACGGCUGAACAGCUGCAAGUCGUGCGCAAGAUUAAGGCGUGCAAGACGCACUAUGAGGUGCUGGCAGUGCGUCAAAGUGCGACAGAUAGUGAAGUCAAGAAGGCGUACCGGAAGUUGGCGUUGAAGCUGCAUCCUGACAAGAAUAGCGCGCCUGGAGCGGAGGAUGCGUUCAAAGCUGUUGGAAAAGCGUUCACGGUUUUAAGUGACCCGGACAAGCGUGCUCAUUAUGACCGCUAUGGAGACGAUACCCAGGUGCAGCAGCAACAACAACCGCAGGGACACGGAUACGCCCAGGGUGAUGACAUUACACCGGAAGAUCUGUUCAACAUGUUUUUUGGUGGUGGCUACCGUCCUCGUGGACGUCGGCCCGCACCACCGCAAGCUCCUCGACAUCACCACCAGCAGCAGCAGCAGCAGCAACCCCGUGGCGCCAUGGCAAAUCUCGUCCAGUUUAUACCGCUGCUGCUGAUCUUCCUCAUGUCAAUGCUCUCGAUCCCGUCGAGUCCAGACGUGCCGUUCAGCUUGAACCCGACGCAGCGGUUUCACGUGCACCGUGCGACACAAGUGGCCAACGUGGUGAAGGGCAUUCCGUACUAUGUCGAGCGCGAUUUUGAGCAGCGGUAUACGACGAACUGGCGUGAUCUGACACGAGUCGAACAAAUGGUGGAGCAGGCGCAUGUGGCCCGACUUGCUGAGACUUGUGAAAACCUCAAGCUGCGGCAGAAACGGAUGCUCUACCGUGCCCGUAACGCUCGCAGUGAAGACCGCGAGUCUGCGACGCGGAAAGCGCUGGACAUGAAGAUGCCUCCGUGUGACGAGCUGCGCAGAUUCCGGCGGACACGGCGCUAUUGA